GCCAGCCUCCUCCGGUGCCCCAACUUCCCGUUUCCAUCAAAGGAAAAAGGAAAAUGGGAGACCUUAACGAAAUCACGGAGUUCCUCCUUCUAUAGUCGGCGAAUUCAUGGCCGGGGUUCGGCUGGGGCGGAGCACCAAGCGCGCCCCUCUGGCGUUCUGCGCCAAGGUGACGCUGGUGAUACUUCUAGGGAUCGCUUGCAGCGUUAUCUGGUCCACUUUCUCCUCCUCCUCCUCCUCCUCCUCCGCAGCCGUCUCCUCCCAGAUGAGCAGCUUUGAUGACAUCUUCGACCCUGAGGCCUCGCCGGCGGCGACGAAGGAGGAGGAGGAGAUGGAGGGGAGCAAGAAGGGGAUUCCGAGCUCGCCGCCGAAAGAUGGGAGUGAGAAUGGAUCGCCGGAGAAGGAGAUGAAAGAAGGGGGGAUCGAGGAGAAGGCGGCGGCGGGGGCGAAGAAGAAGAAGAAGAACGAGACGAUAGACGCGGAAGGGCAGCAGGAGAAGGAGAGGGAGGGGGAGAGGAGAAGGUGGAGGCGGAGGGAUUGGAGGAGGCGGUGGAAGGGAAGGGAGUGA